AUGUACGACGCGGAUCUCUGCCAACUUCAAGUUAACAUGGAUGAUUCUUUCCACCUCCCAGUGGACUCGAGAUCGAGGCUCUGCCAGUUCAGGGAGGAGAAUCUUCGACUUGUGAUUCACGUUCAAGUUCCACCGGUGAAGGAAGAACCGUCGGGUAUUUCGACAUCUCUUUCGGUCGGACUUACGCCAAUCCCUACCCCGUCCACCGGCCGGCGCUGCGGCUUUUACGCCCUCAUUGGGAGCAUGCAAGCCCAGCAUCACGGUUUCCCACAGUCGACACUCGAGGACCUAGACCAGGCAUUCCGCUCAGAGGAGGUGGCAGCUGCCAAUUCCGAGUUUGGUCUUGACAAUACGGAUAACCUCCAGGCCAACCAGCUCGCUGCAGUCAUUAGGCACUGGGCAUCUCGGAAUGCCAUUAACAUCCAGCUCGGUGUGGAUAUGGAUGGGGGUGAUUCCUACCUCAUCCCAAUCCCGGAAGGGAUCCAAAGCGCGCCAAUCACUCUUCGGAUCCAUAAUAACAAUGCCGAGGAGCUUGAUGGGGCGUCGAUGAGCCACCAUUCCGCGUUGGCUCCGUUGCCUCCUGCCACAGUGGAUCCGGUUAACUUGGACUGCGAUGACGCCGAAGAUGUGGAUACAGAGGAGCUCUUCAGGCAACAGGAGACGGGCGCGCUGAAACGCCUCGUUGAUCAGACGGGAAUCCGGAAGUACCUUUCGGAGUACUAUGGUCUGUCGGCAGAGGAGGUGGGGCAGCUGCUCAUAAACCGGGACCUCCUCGGUGGCGCGAGGUACGACAAAGCGCGCCCAUGCAACGGCGCAUUCGUGGGGCAUGUCGGCCAGGCAAUCGGGAACGUACGCUGCUCAAAGCAUGACAACGUGCCAAUGAUGUCUCACAAUGCGUCGAUAGUCCUAAGCGCAUCGACAGCUGAGGAGUGGACGCGGGAGAUCGACGAGUACACCUCACAUGUCACUUUCGCCUCCUUCUCCAAAAACCUCGACAAGGCCAGACGGCUCGUCAGAUGCCGGAAGGAGAACGUGGACCCGGAGAAGUACGACAAGAUGAUCCCUAGGCACCUGCUACGAGACCCGAAGAUCAGCGCUGCAGAGACCGAAGCGGACGUGGAGGAGAAUAGAAAGAAAGGCCGGGAAAAGUACGCGAGGAUGGACCCGGAGAAGAAAGCGGCCCGGCUUCAACGCCAGAUUGAGAGACUCUCAUCGUACAUCGAUCCCCCCAUCCACCGCCAAAUCCGGCAUCGAGAGGCCGUUUCCACCGUUCUCGCCACCUGGUUUCCCUAUCCCCACGUUCGAGGUCGCACCUUCCGCAUCUACCCCAGGGAAUACGGCCGCAGUAAUCCCGGAAAACACGGCUUGCGAGUCGAGGUCUUGGGGGAUCUCAAGCAACAUCCAUCAGCUCAACUCAAGGACAGUUUCGUCAACACUACCGACUCGUUCCAAGGCCGGGAGAACCAGUUGGUCAUUCUUGUCUUGUGCGUGACGGCCGCUACCGGACCUUGCUUUACUGCCAGUCAUCAGCGCAUUUGUGUGGGUCUCACGCGUCAGAUUGGGGGUCUCUUCGUGGUGGGUGAUAUCGAUACCCUUGCGCCGUCUGCCAGGGUCAAUAAGCCCAAGCCGGAGAGGGCGAGGAGGGAGAAGUUGGAGAAUCGCGUCGCUACAGUCAAUGCCGACCCUUACCAUACCGCCGACAAUAAGGACUACGGCUGGUCCAAGGGCGAAGACGACGGUGGUGGUUGGGGCAAUAACUGCGGAGACGACGAUGGCCAGGACAAACCAGCCGCGAGAUGA